GGAGCUGGACGACGUCGCAGAAAACACUUGUUUGACGAUAACAAAGUUGAGAUAGCAAGCAUGGACGAAACUUCAAGAGGGUCUGAAGGCACAUUUUUGUAUUAUGGAUAUGGCAGUAAUCUACUGAAAGAGAGAAUUCACUUGAAAAAUCCGUCUGCUGUUUUUGUUGACGUCGCAGAAUUAAAGGAUCACAAGCUAUGUUUUGGAGGACAAAGCAAAUGGAUGAGUAAUAGAUGGCAUGGUGGUGUCGCUACUGUUGAAGAAAGGAAUGGGAGCUCUGUGUGGGGCAUAGUGUGGAGAUUGGAGGAAAGGGAUCUCGCAAGUCUGGAUUUACAAGAGGGUGAAGGCAUUGUUUACAGACGAAAGGAAGUCAUUGUGACAUCACAAGAUGGUACCCGUCAUACAUGUUGGACAUAUAGCAUGAUAGACUUUCAGGAGGGCACCCCGUCACCUCAGUACAUGGAUGUGAUCAGGAAAGGGGCCGAUCAAAACUCUCUCCCUCAGCAUUACCUGGAAUGGCUGAGAUCGAUUGAGGAUAACGGUUACAGCGGACAGGUGGAAAUCAUGAAUUUAAUCGAUUCCGAGAGCAGUGAUGAUACCUUCCUCUACUUUGGGUAUGGUAGCAACAUGUUGAAAGCCAGGAUUCAUGUACACAAUCCAACCGCACAGCUAGUUGGUCCAGCUAAACUUGAGGGUUAUAAGCUGUGUUUUCAUGCCUAUCCUGAUUGGAUAAGUUACUGGAAAGGUGCACCUGCUACUAUCAAGAAAGCUCCCGGUGAUCAUCUAUGGGGUGUAGUAUGGAGACUACAUAUAUCAGACCGAGAUCACCUAGAUAGUCAAGAAAGUGGAUACAGCGUCCUGGAUGUCACCGUCACAACACCAGAGGGCGGCAGUCAUGUCUGUCGCACUUAUCAACUUGAUAACGACGUAGAGGAGAUGGCUCCCUCACCGCAUUACAUGAAAGUUUUGAUUGAGGGCGCCAAACAAUCGCGAGUUCCUUCCUCUUAUAUUCAACGUCUUGAAGCGAUACCUCACAACGGAGAUAAGGAUCCCCCUCCUAUUAUGGCCACUCUCUUCAAAUCUACCACAUCUCAGUCGUGACCUGGGCCAGAAUAAUGAUAUUACAU